CCCACCGAUAGACACAUGAGUGACCUGUACGUGUAUGUGGCGUCGGCGGUGGUGGUCGCCAUCUCCGUGUACUUCUUCGCUCGCCCCGGAGUAAACGAAGCCGACAAAGCAUUUGAGGCGAGGUACAAGGCCAUGCAAGAAGAAAAGCGCCGUGCCGCCGCUGCCGGAUCAACUGGCGUGAAGGCAACCACGUCGUUGACGGGGGGAAGCUCCGCGAUUGUGGCCAAGAAGCCCGUUGUAAACGGACCUUUGGUGACCGUGUUCUACGGAUCUCAAACAGGCACGGCGGAGAGUUUUGCCAAGACAUUGGUGUCGUUGGGCAACGAUCAAAAGUACUUUGCCGUGGACCUGGUCGACUUGGAAGAGUUCGAGCCGUCCUUGCUCAAGACCCUCGAGUACGUCAUUUUUGUGGUUGCGACGUACGGCGAAGGCGACCCCACCGACAAUGCGGUGGAAUUUAUGAAGUUUCUGAACGACACGGACGGCCACUUGGCCGACAAUGAGUUUGACACGGUCAAGUUCACCGUGUUCGGGCUCGGCAACAAACAGUAUGAGCAAUACAACGCCAUCGGCCGUGCAGUGGACGCGCAGCUGGCCAAGCAUGGCGCGCAACGCGUGUUCCCUCUUGGAGAAGGGGACGAUGACGGGUCGCUCGAAGAGGACUUUGAUGCAUGGAAGGAGAAGCUGUGGUCCACGCUGCGUCGGGCCGACGGGUACCUGGAAACGUCGGACGAGGAAGGAGAUGUGAAGGCGUCCAAGACCAAGGCGCCUCAUCUCGCGUUUGACGUGGUCCCCGUGGCGGCGGCGGCGGCAUCGGCAACCGCCAAGCCCAUUCCGGACGACCUCAUUCAAAACUCGACCAAACACUUCUUCCACAACACGGAAGCAAAACUGGUCGAAACGCGCCAACUGCGUCAAUCCACAGCGUCUGGAUCGACGUUGCACUUGGAGUUUGACAUCAAACACGCCGGCGUGACGUACGCGACGGCAGACAACCUGGCGAUUUUGCCGGAAAACGACCCCGCCCUCGUCACCCGCGUCGCCACCGCCCUCCGCUUUGACGAAGACGGCGUCGUGGAGCUCAAAGCUCUGGACAAGGCGACCAAGCUGCCAUUCCCCACCCCCGCGACCAUCCGCACCAUUCUGAGCCAGUACUUGGACCUGAACGCGGCGCCGCGCAAAGGAGCGCUGACGGCGCUGGCCCAUUACGCGACGUCGUCCGUGGACCAAGACCGGCUGCUCCGGCUGGCGUCGGCGGACGGCAAGGCCGAGUACCAGACAUGGGUCGUGGACGCGCACCGGACGUUUGGCGACGUGAUCGAAGCAUUUCCGUCGCUGCAGAUCCCACUGGUGGCGUUUAUCCACAUCUUGCCGUCGCUGCAGCCGCGGUACUACACGAUCUCGUCGUCGUCGGUCGUCCAUCCCACCCGCAUCCACGUGACGCUGGGAGUGAUCGCGACGUCGGACCUACCAGAAGGCCGCCAGUUCAAAGGCGUGACGUCUAACUACUUGGCCAAGCUGGCGCUCCCCGACGCGGCAGUCCUAGACAAGCCAAAGGUGGCCAAUCCGUACGGCGAGCAAGGCAAGAAACAAGUGCGAACGUGGCCCAGCAUCCGCAUGACCAUCCGCAAGUCGACGUUCAAACUGCCGCCCUCUCCUGAAACCCCCGUGAUCCUCGUCGGACCGGGCACGGGCAUCGCCCCCAUGCGCGCCUUUCUCCAAGAGCGUCACGCCCAAAAACAAGCCGGAGAAACUGUCGGGGCCACGUGGCUGUUCUUUGGCUGUCGCCGGCAAUCCGAAGACUACUUGUACCAACAAGAGUUGGAAACGUACCAAGCAAGUGGCACGCUCUCCGACCUCCACGUGGCCUUCUCGCGCGACUCGGCGCAAAAGGUGUAUGUGCAGCACUUGAUUCGCCAACAAGGCGCGGCGUUGUGGAAGGUGCUGGCUGCGGGGGGGUACGUGUACGUGUGCGGCGCGACGCUCAUGGGCACGGACGUGCACAAGGCAUUUGUGGAGCUGGUCCAGACGCACGGAGCCAAGUCGGUGGUUGACGCCACGCGCUACGUCCAAGACUUGCAGCACAACCACCGAUACAUCCAGGAACUGUGGUCUGCGUAAACAGUAGUAGUAGUACAUGGAUGAAAUAGAGAUUUGCAAUUACGUA